CCUCAAAAGGAAAUUUGGCCUUGUAGUAAAUGUAGCCUAAACCAAACAGAAACAACCAAACUCAGCUUCUGCUGUGUUGCUGGGCUGCUGGCUGCUGCACCUCACCUGUCACAUCACAUAAAACUGAUCAAAAUAAUCAUGAAAGCUUGUUAAUUGAGAUAUUGCAAGAUUAAAUUGUGGGCUGAAAUAACAUUUUUAUGUUAACUUACGACUUCAACAUCUUGUUAUGACUAUUUUCAACAACUGUUCUCAAGUUUGUUGCUGUGGGUAUUUCAAUUGACCAAUUUAAUAAACAAUUAUUCGUCCUGGUUGAAGAAGAUUUUCCAGUUGGAAAGUCAUGGAUACAAACGUUGAUUGCGGAGGUGACAGAGGAAGUUGCCUGUUACUACGAUAUGCUAGCCAAAACUCGUUGGAUGAGAGUUCUCAGAAACAUAUUCCGAGACCAAGCAGUAAGGAAAAACCUCCAUAUCGCAACAGCAACCACGCACACCGUGCUUUCGAUGUGAUGAAGAUGAUGAGAAAACAUAACCUACUGUGUGACGUGAGACUUGUGGCUGACGCAGUGGAGGUGCCGGCUCACAAGAUGGUGCUUGCCGCCUGUAGUCCUUACUUCCACGCAAUGUUCACCAGUUUUGAGGAGCGGGACCAGGAGCGGAUUGUGCUGCAAGGUGUCGACCCGCAAGCUUUACAGCUCCUCAUCGACUACGUCUACUCCUCGGAGGUGCACGUGACGGAGGAAAAUGUUCAAGUCCUCCUGCCCGCAGCAAACCUGCUACAGUUGACGGAUGUCCGAGACGCCUGCUGUGACUUCUUACAGGCUCAGCUGCAUCCGACCAACUGUCUCGGAAUCAGAGCCUUCGCUGACCUCCACGGUUGCAUUGACUUGCUCUCGUCGUCAGAAACUUACAUUGAACAGCACUUCCCAGAGGUGGUUGAAUGUGAAGAAUUCCUAGCUCUGUCACAUUCUCAUGUGUCCAAGUUGAUCUGCAGUGACCAUCUCACCGUCCCGUCUGAGGAGAAGGUGUUUGAAUGUGUGAUCAGCUGGGUGAAUCACGCUCUGGACAACAGACAACAACACUUGGCUGAGUUGAUGGAACACGUCAGGUUCCCACUACUGCCUCAGGACUAUCUGGUGCAGAGAGUAGAGGAGGAGCCGCUACUCAAAGCUAACCUCAAAUGUAAAGACUAUCUAAUAGAAGCAUUAAAAUACCACCUGCUGAAAGGAGAACAGAAGGCCCACUUCAAAACCCCAAGAACCAAACCCAGACAACCUGUUGGACUGCCUAAGGAGUUUGCUGGGGUAAAAUCGUCAAGAGAAGAGUUUUUGAAAUUACUGAAAAAGUUUCCCGUUUUUCGAACUAUUGACAUGAGCUUCAUAUUAAACCAGGUGUUAUUAGUGGUAGGGGGACAAGCUCCUAAAGCCAUCCGUAGCGUGGAGUGUUACGACUUCAGCACAGAAACAUGGAGCAGUGUCGCCGAAAUGCCAGGAAGAAGGUGUCGUGCAGGUCUGGUGGUGCUGAGUGGUCGAGUGUAUGCUGUCGGAGGUUUCAACGGAUCGCUCAGAGUCCGCACAGUGGAUGUGUACGACGCGGUGUUGGACCAGUGGACUGUGAGUGCAGGGAUGGAGGCUAGGAGAUCCACUCUCGGAGUGGCUGUUCUCAACAACAUGAUAUACGCUGUUGGAGGCUUCGACGGGUCAACAGGGUUGAACUCGGCCGAGGUUUACGACCCAAGAACUCAGGAGUGGAGGAUGAUUGCGUCCAUGUCCACGCGCAGGAGCAGUGUAGGAGUGGGUGUGGUCAACAACCUACUAUAUGCGGUGGGAGGAUAUGACGGAGCGUCUCGUCAAUGCCUCAGCUCCGUGGAGUGUUACAACCCCGACUCUGACAACUGGACCAGCGUCGCUGAGAUGUCUGCUAGGAGAAGUGGAGCAGGAGUGGGGGUGCUGGACGGUAUCCUGUACGCUGUAGGAGGUCACGACGGACCUCUGGUGAGGAAGAGUGUGGAGGCCUUCAACCCAGAGACUAACACAUGGACCCCUGUGGCAGACAUGGCCCUUUGUAGGCGCAAUGCUGGAGUUGUAGCUCUGAACAAACUGCUGUACGUGGUGGGAGGCGACGACGGCUGUUCUAACCUUGCCUCUGUCGAGGUCUACAACCCCAAGUCUGACUCAUGGUCCAUGCUGUCGUCGUGCAUGAGCAUCGGACGCAGCUACGCAGGCGUGGCCAUCAUAGACAAGCCUGCCAACCUCUGAACAAGACCGUGUCGUAGAGGUUGGCCCCUCUGUGCCAUAUUCUCCGCCGACAAAAUAAUCAAAUAUCGUUAAGACAUAUUUUUACUCUGUGUACAUUUUUGUAACUUUCUUACCUACGGUAGUUGUACAUUUGUAUAUAAGGAAAUCGUAAGUAAAUAGGUGUUACACAUUUUUGUUAUGCUUUCCGGUUGUAUAGUUGUAAUAUUUUCAUGAGGUUGUGAUUUAUUUAUUUAGACGAAUGUGAUAAUGAUUUUGCCAGCCUUGAAUAGAACUCCUACACAGUUUUUAUUGGGAAUAUUAUUUAUUUUUGUCUAUUCUAAUUAAUUUUGAUGAAUAAGCUUUACUCCUGUCAUUUUACAAAAAUCUUGUCAAUAUUGAUUUUUUUUGUUUUAUACGUUGUAGCCUACUUUUUGCUAUGAAUUCUUCAAUUCUUUAUACUAGUUUAAUUUUGCUUUUAAAUUAUGUAUUCUUUCAAUCUCUGACACAAAUGAUUAUUUUAGUUAUUUUAACAUGUUUUCUGUAUCAAUAAAAGAACUCAGAUUGCUAUUAGUCUUAAAAACAUUAUCUUUAAUUUUGAAUUUUAAUAAUUUUCAAAUUCAUCCCCCAUGACUCAUGUUAUUUUUCUACUAAAACAAAAUAACUCCCCUUGUUAAAUUUUUUUUAUACUCUAUGGCAUCUGACAACGACUUUGCCUUAUACAACUUUGUUGUUCCUUCCAGAUUUUUAAUAUAAGAGGUAUUUUUCAAUUUUAAUGUGAUAUUUCCCUUUUUUCUGAUCUUAUGUAUUAAUGUAAAUAAACUUGACCUUGUUUCUUAAAACUUAUAAUGCAACCUGUAAUCAGUGUUGGGAAGUAGCGCGCUACAAGUAGCGACGCUACAGUAGCGCGCUACUUUUUUUGUAGCGUUAGCUGUAGCUCCACUACUUAUAUGAUUUUGUAGCUUUAGCUGUAGCUAGCUACAUUUUUAAAGUAGUUGUAGCGGAAUUUUAGCUACUUUUCUCGCUACAUUAGCAUUGUUUGAGAUAGUGAUUUUUAUCAUAACCUCAACCUUACGUGAAACAACCUCUUUCAAACUGAGAUUUUCUAAAAAAAAUUAGGCCUACUUUCUAUUUGGAUCCAUACAGCUGGUUGCAGCCGUUUCAUUCCCUAUUACAACGUUGUGUGGACAUGGAGGCCAUUAAAUGAGUGUUAUCCACAUUUUGGCUCUCAUUUCCUUAAUUUACUACUCUAUGAUUACUAUCAGAUAAAAUAAAAUCGCUAGAUGCAGACGACGUUUAAACGUUACCGGUGACAAGAGAUGCUAUUGAAUGCUUGCAAGUGAUUGACAGGGAAAUUAGUAAUCAAUUUAGUUUCUUUAUUAUAUCGAUAGUGUUUCAACUUGGGUUUUAAUGGAAACCAACACUAAACCUUAAAAUAAUGAGAAAGCUCUAUCAACCUUUGCUUCAGCUGUUGAUUGUGGUCCAUCAUCACAAGCCCUUCCUUGGUUAGAUUACGAAGAUUUUUCAAAGGUUUAGUUUACUAAAUUAACAAAGAGGAAAUUACCUGAUGAGAUUUAAGAUAUGCCUAGACUACAUGAUAAUUGUAACGAAAAAAUCUCCAUAUAACAUGAAACUUACAUUGAAAAACAAAUAGCAUAGUUUGCUCCUGCUAACAGCUCUUGUAUAGGACUAUUCCUAGGCUAUGCUAUGGUUUAAGACGAAUACCAAGUCCCAAGUUCAAUUAUUAUGAAUAUAUCUGUUUAGUCCUUGCAAUAACAAGCCUACUAUAGCCAACUUGUUACAUAGCCAAGUAGGCCUACAUGUUAUUUUUACUUUACAAAUUUCAACAUGUUUAAAUUAUAAGCCGAUUUCAGGUUAAGUUGCUGAAUACUGUUUUCUGUACCAACUAGGUUGAAGCACAAUUUUCCCUAUGCAUAUUGACAAUAAAGGACGAUUUCUUGACAUUGAAAAGUGUUAUUCAUAGAACAAGUAAUUUAUCACUGUGGUUAAAAGUUAUAGCAAUGUCGUUUUUAACAUUAAAAGUAAAGAAAUGCAAUAAACUCCAAUUUCAGUAGGCUAGGCUCUGUAACACAAAAAAGUAUUUUUAAAUAAUCGUUUUACAGUUUAAUUGGUCUUAAUUGUUGAUAUAAGACAUCUAUAAAUGAAUCUAUAUUAAAGAAAUAAAAUGAGCUUUUAAAUAUAGUUUGGUUGUAAGUCCUUUGAACUUAAUGAAAUUUACAUAUAAGAUGCUUAAAAAUAAUGCAAUAUUUAAAAAUAAGUAGGCCUACUAAAUGUGAUGGGACACCCAACUAUUUGGUUCUGUUGUUGUAAUGUUAGGUUUAUGCCAACAAAUUAAAUACAAUCUAGGAAUAAUUUGUUUUCCAAGUAAUGUUAGAUACAAUACUGACAUUUCUUUUUUAAAUGUUUGUUCAAUAAAAAUGUAGGUAGUUGCAAUUAAUUUUACAUUUACCUAAUGUGCGUGGAAUGAAAAGUAACAUCUUUGGAAAAGUAGCUAAAAUUGUAGCUGUAGCUACAUUUCAUUGUAGCUGUAGUUGUAGCUAGCUACAUUUUCGGAACUGUAGCUGUAGCUGUAGCUAAGCUACUUUUUUGGAAAUGUAGCAGUAGUUGUAGCUAGCUACAUUUUAAAAGUAGCUUCCCCAACACUGCCUGUAAUGGAAAAGUACUUAAUAUUUCUCCUUACCUCACAUGGUUGCUUUAUAAGUUAUUUUUAUAAUACAUUUGUUUUACACUUUGUUAAAAAAAAACGUUCAGUUUUUGCUCAAAGUACACUCCAGAGUGUCAAGAAGCAAAAUGAACGUUAAUUCUGAAAUGCCGUUUUGUUCAAUGAUAACUAAUUAACAUUAACUUUUACUCAUAUUCAAUUCAGACUUGGAUUACAUUGUUUGUCAUGGUGAAGAGAUAUAAGCACUUAUUGAAACAAUCAAUCAUUUUUAAAGUGAAUUUUAGAUAAGGUAAAAUCACGCAACAUUUUUCAUCCAAAGCACUCUUUUAUUUACAUGUUUAUAGAAAAAUAUUUUAUUGCAUAUAUUUAUUUAUUAAAUAGCUGAAUUGUAUUUAAAACAAAUAAAUCCAGAUUUUUCAGGAAUGUGAACAAAUUAUGUUGUGUUCUUUGAUCUUGUAUUUUAAAUAAAUAAUAAAUAUGUU